GUUCACUUUACAGUUUAGCUUAGUUGUGAAUUAAAAUAGGCUUUCUCUGAGUUGCUCAGUACCAUUGUGUUAUUGAUGAAAACAGCUAAUAGCCAAGAACAUGGCAAAAACAGCACAUGAGGAAAUGGAACAGAUGGAUACGGAUGACCAGGAUGAAAAAGAGUUUUUACAGAGUGUACUUAUUAGUUUGCCUGGAGUAAACCCAAGAAGUGAGGUUAUUCAACGUGCACUGCAAGAAAUAGCUGACCCUCUCCUUGGUGAAAACUCACUUCAAAAUGAAAAGAAUAAUGUGUCAAGUGAAGAAGAAAUGGAAGAUGAUGCUGUAAUUGAUCCUGAUUAUAUCCAGAGUGUGCUGGAGACACUUCCUGGCGUGAACCCACGUAAUGAAAUGGUUCAGGAAGCAAUAAAGGUGUUUGCAGAAGAUCAAAUUCGUGAAAGUUCAAUGCAAUCAAGUUCUUUAAAUAAGGCCAAUGAUAAUGUAAAUGAUCCAGAAUACCUUCAAAGCGUCCUUGAGACUUUGCCAGGUGUGAAUCCACAUAGUGAUGUGGUUCAAGCUGUUGUUCGUGAAGUGUCAUCCGUAGGUAACAAUGAGAAGCACAAAGAUCAAGAAGAAGAUGGAAAUUAAGGUAUUGUGCUUCAUAAGAGUUUUCACUUGCCAUUUAUUUCUAUUUUGUGCUUGUUUUAAUAUAUUGUAGGUACAAAGUGUAAUGUGAAAUUUAUUUUACUGUGACAAGUUAAAAGUUCAAAAUGUCUUCUUUUUAUUAUGCACUUAUUUUAUACACAGUAUCUUUUAACCAAUAGGACUUAACAUAUUUUUACAAUCAUGAGUUUUAAAAUAUUUAUUUCGUAUUAGAUUUGUUGACAUUAAAAAAGAUCCCUGUACUUAUAAUUGUACCGUUGAAACAUCAGAUUAAUUCACUCUUUUCGUGUAUAUUGUGAAUUUUUGAUGAUUAUUGUACAUUUUUUUAUGUUUUGUGGAAUAAUGCAGCUUAUUUAUUUUUGUAAAUAAAACCCAACUUGCCUACAUUUUGCUUUGGUUUUGCAUUUAUCACUUUCCAUUUGAUAAGAAGCAUAAUUGAAAAUACCUUUGAGUAAAACUACAAAUAUAAAGAUUAACAAAUCACGAUUUCGGUUGAUAAAUAAACAGUUUGGAGCAGAGUCCGUAUAUAAACAU